UUAGAGGACACGUAUUAGAUAAAAUAGGAAAACAAAAAAGAUAACUGCCAUUUUGCUUCUUAUUUCUUGGCUCUGCAAAUGUUGAUUUUUGUAUGCAAAUUCAGUUAUAUUUUUAUAACACCAACAAGCUCUAAGAAUGACUUCACAUGCCAAGCAAAGAGCUCCGGUGGUGAGACUGUUAAGAAAUACAAACGUGAUGCCAUUUUCUUGGAUAAGCGCGGGAAAUGGCGCAGCUAUAAUCACAAAAAAUUAUCACGAAAACGAUGCGGAUCUUUAAGGGGACAAGGAUGGAAAUACGGAUCUGGAUUUGUUGAUGGAAUUUUCCCAGUGCUAAGUCCUGUUGCCCAGCAAAUACUCAGCUUCGUACAGAGGGAUGUGGAUUCGAGUGUCCUUUGGGCUGCUCUUGAUACUCUUCCUGCCACUCAUGAGACUUGGGAUGAUCUUAUUAAUGUGGCUGUUCAACUUAGAUUGAAUAAACAAUGGGAUCUUAUUUUGUUGAUAUGUCAAUGGAUAUUGCACAGGAGCUCCUUCCAGUCGGAUGUCUUGAUAUUCAAUCUGGUCAUAGAAUCUUAUGGGAAAAAGUCACUGUACAAGAUGGCAGAAAAAACAUAUUUUGAGCUUCUUGAAGCCAGAUGUAUUCCUACUGAGGAUACUUAUGCCCUUCUUUUGAAAACAUACUGCAUGUGUGGACUACAAGAGAAAUCUGAAGCAAUAUUUGCGGAGAUGCGAAAGUAUGGGCUUCCUCCAAGUGCAAUUGUAUACAACGCUUACAUUGAUGGGCUAAUAAAGGCUGGAAACAACCAAAGAGCUGUAGAGAUAUUUCAGCGAAUGAAAAGAGAUUGUUGCCAACCGUCUACUGAAACUUACACAUUAUUGAUCAACUUACAUGGAAAGGCAAGACAAUCUUAUAUGGCCUUGAAGCUAUUUAACGAAAUGAAGAGUCAAAAGUGUAAACCAAAUAUCUGCACGUACACUGCUCUGGUGAAUGCAUUUGCAAGAGAGGGUCUAUGUGAGAAGGCCGAGGAAAUUUUUGAGCAGCUGCAAGAAGAUGGCCAUGAACCUGAUGUAUAUGCUUAUAAUGCGCUCAUGGAGGCAUACAGUCGUGCAGGCUUUCCUUAUGGAGCUGCCGAGAUAUUUUCACUCAUGCAGCACAUGGGGUGUGAACCGGAUAGAGCUUCUUACAACAUCAUGGUAGAUGCAUAUGGGAGAGCUGGCCUUCAUGAGGAUGCGCAAGCUGUAUUCGAAGAGAUGAAGCGACUAGGAAUAACACCAACAAUGAAAUCCCAUAUGCUACUUUUAUCUGCCUACUCGAAAGCCGGAAAUGUCGCUAAAUGCGAGGAUAUUGUAAACCAGAUGCACGAAUCUGGGCUAGAACCGGAUACUUUUGUUCUCAACAGUAUGCUGAACUUGUACGGGCGGCUCGGCCAAUUCGAAAAGAUGGAGGAAGUGUUAACAGCAAUGGAAAAAGGAGCUUAUGAAACUGAUAUAAGCACAUACAACAUCUUGAUCAAUAUAUACGGGCGGGCGGGAUAUUUCGAGAAAAUGGAAGGACUCUUUCACUCAGUUGCAACAAAAAAUUUGAAACCAGAUGUAGUGACUUGGACUUCAAGAUUAGGAGCAUACUCUAGGAAGAAACUAUACCCAAAAUGCUUAGAGAUUUUUGAGGAAAUGAUUGAUGCUGGAUGCCACCCAGAUGGAAGAACUGCAAAAGUAUUACUAUCAUCAUGUUCAAGCCAAGAUCAAAUUGAGCAGGUUACCACUGUAAUUAGAACAAUGCAUAAGACUAUGGAUUCUGUUUUGCCUGUUUGAUUAUAUCAAAAGAAAAAUUAUUCA